AUGACGGAAAAGUCGAGAACGUUUUACGAAGAUGGGCAGGUUGCCCUUGAGAGUGCCCUCCAGGGGAUUAUUGCCCUUCACCCCGGUCUACAGCUGCAUAAGUCACAAAAAGGAGGUGCCGGCCACGAACCAUGCCACGCUGGCUUCGUUGGCACCAACAUGCUUGACGCAGCGGUCAGCGGCGCAAUCUUCGCAUCCCCCAACGCAGGGCAGAUCGAAACCGGCCUCAAUCUCAUCCAAUCAUCUCAUGGGGUCCUUAUUAUCGUAAAAAACUACACCGGUGACAAGCUCAACUUUACGCUCGCGGCAGAGCGAUUCGGUCUUGCGAGCGGCGUGCCCACCCGCCUUGUCGUCGUGGCGGACGACGUGGCUAUUGGUCGGAGCAAGGCAGCCCGUGUCGGCCGUCGAGGGUUGGCGGGUACGGUGCUCGUUCAUAAGAUUGCGGGAGGUGCGUCAGCGGACGGUUUGGGCCUUGACGAUGCUGCUGAUUUGGUAGAAUUUGUGACUCGGCAUAUGGGGACUAUGGGCGUCGGACUCGAUGGGUGUGACGUCCCAGGGAAAGCGUCUUCCGUGAGGCUUGGACCAGAUGAGGUUCAAUUAGGGAUUGGGAUUCAUAAUGAGCCGGGUAGCCGCAAGCUUAAUCCCAAGCCGCCACCCAAGGAGCUGGUGGGGAUACUUUUAGCCAACAUCCUCAGCAGGGACGAUAAGGAGCGCAACUACCUUGAAAGCUCGCCGCUAGACGGAAAUCACAAGGUAGUCGUUCUUAUCAACAACCUCGGAAGUUUGUCCAAUCUCGAAAUCGCCGCCCUGGUUGGAGAGACCUACACCCAGCUAACAGCGGACUACGGGAUCACUCCGACUAGGAUAUACGCUGGGACAUAUCUUUCUGCGCUCAACGGCCCCGGAUUCAGUAUCACGAUAAUGGCACUCCCUAUUGCCCAUGAAUAUACGCGGAAGAUUUUGAGAUACCUCGACAGCCCAACAGAUGCGCCCGCAUGGGCGUCUUCCAUUCCCACAUCGACUUGGUCUCUACCUAGAGGGUCUGGCACCAUCAACUCCGCCAAGGAUGACGACUCCGCAGCGUGUUUAAACAUUCCUAAUGUUCCAUGCGACAUGUCUCUUUUCGCCAGUAUCAUCGAUUCUAUACACUCUAAAUUGAUAGCUGAGGAACCCGAAAUUACACGCCUAGAUACCCUGAUGGGUGAUGGCGACUGCGGCACGACUCUCCUCGCCGGCAUUGGUGCCAUAAGUAAAGGUCUUCAGAACGGAACCGUCGAACCCUCGAGCCUGACCCACGGUAUCAUGUCCAUAGCUGAGAUUGUAUCGCAGAGCAUGGGUGGUACCUCAGGCGCGCUCUACGCCGUUUUCUUUACCGCGUUGUCUUCAUCCCUCUGUGUGCAGCGUGCGGGUGACUUUCCAUCUAUUGUACGAGCGCUUGAUGCAGCAUUGAAGGCUCUGCAAGGGGUUACAGCCGCGAGAGUUGGUGAUAGGACUAUGAUGGAUUCUUUGAUUCCAUUCGUCAAAAGUCUUGUUGAGAAUAGCGGUUGCGAGUGUGCUGCUGCCCUCGAUGCGGCAGUCCUUGCCGCUAAGGAGGGUUGCAAGGGCACAGCCUCGAUUAAAAGCCAGUUCGGGCGUAGCACUUAUGUCUCUACCGAGGACUCGGGUGACACGACAGGAGGCUUAGUAGACCCAGGGGCUUGUGGUGUUGUUGCCAUAGUUCAGGGUGUUCUUGAGGCAGUCAAAGGAGUAAAUGAUGAGGCAAUUUAG